AUGCCGAGCCUCAACUGGAACUGCCUGGCUGCGCUCCUGUUCGUUGCGUCAUACGCCGCUCUGGUGCCAGGUCUGGUGCUCCCUCUCGUGCGCGUGGAGUCCAUCAGCGGCGUCCAGCGCUCCCAAUCGACGCUGGAGGUGAUCUCGGACACGCUACGCUGGGGGUACUACCAGGAAGGAUGUAUGAUUAUGUUUUUCACUGUGAUCCUCCCCAUCAUUAAGAUGGUUAUUCUGCUGCGGCGGGCUUGUCUGGGCAGCAUCAUGUUGAGGCGCAUGUCGAAGUAUCAGUGCGUAGACGUGUACGUGCUGGCAAUUACGCUGUCCCUCUCUUCCAGCGUGCUGUCGGUCACGCCGCAGUUGGGGGCAUGGUGCUUCUCUAUGUUCUCGCUGCUGUCCCUCAUGGGCACCCAGAUCAUCUCCCAUGGGGCCUCGGCUGCAUAG